AUGACUGAAUCUAAUAUCCACUUCUUUGAUCUCCUAUCAGACCUACCUGGUCCUUCCAAGUCAUGGUCUGCCAACACUCUCCGGACUAGAAUGGUCCUUAACUUCAAGGGUAUCCCCUACACUCAAAGUUGGGUAUCGUACCCUGAUAUUGCACCUCUCCUCAAGGCUGCAGGUGUCCCACCUGGCGAUCCAGCGAUGCCUUACACGCUACCGGCAAUUAGCCAUAAAGGGUCGAUAACUAGUAACCCGGAUGGUAUACUCAUGGAUUCCGAGCCGAUUGCCAUGUACAUCGACAAGCUGUACCCGUCGCCCCCACUCUUCCCCCACGGCGACGCAAGCUACUCACUCAUGGUUGCCUUGCUGAAGGUACUGGCCCAGAUAUUACCAAGUAUCAGAAAGCUGGUUGUUCCCAAUGUCCCAUCUGGAUUAGAUGAGCGUGGACGUGAGUACUUCAUCCGGACGCGCUCGAAGACUUUCGGGAAACCGCUUUCUGAGGUCAGGCCGACAGAUGAGGCAGAGUUGCUUGCUCUUUGGCAGCAUAUCGAGAAGGAGGCGGCGACGCUGAUUAAGAUGCUGAAGGGUAAGGAUGGAAAGAAGGGGCCGUUCUUGGAGGGUGAAACGGCUGGCUAUGCGGAUAUUAUUCUCGCUGGGGUUUUGGGUUUCUUGCAACGGUUUGAGCAGAGCACCUUUGAGAAGCUGAUGGUUCUUGGGAAUGGGGAGCUCAAAGCGCUUUAUGAAGCUUGUUUGCCCUGGCUGGAAGGGCAGGGUCAGGAGAAGGAGUGGCCAAUUCCCCAGUGA